GGGGGGGGGCGGGGGGCGUCGGCCCACGUGCUGGUGGGGGACAGGAGAACAAUGGAGCCUUUGGUGAUUGUGCAGGAUCCACCCCCAGCUUCCCAGCGUGUCCCCUCUGUGGGCUGGAUCCGGGUGGCUGCUUGGGGGUGGGGCGGGGGGCCCUGAAUGGGCCCCUUGUCUCAACGCUGGGUGUGGGCCAGGCUCCCCGGGCACACGGUGCCCUCGCCAGGCCUGGCCGGCCUCCGUGGCCUCCACCCCCAGCUGGCUGAGGAUGGGGCCCCGUGGGUGAGCAGGCCCCUCCCUGACAGCCUCGGCUCCGGCCUAGCCGGAAGAGGCAGGUAGGGAGACGGACCCCAUCUAGUGGGGAAGCGGGGAAAGCAGCAGCCUCCACUUCAGGAGAACCCCGGGCCGACUAGGGGGAACCUGCUGAGAGUGGGAUCUUGGAGGCAGACCUGGUUUGGACUCCCCGCCCUGUGGCUCCCUAGAUUUAUGACUUGGGCAGGUUCUUUGGUUUUUCUGAAUCGCAGCUUCCUCCGGGGUAAAAUGGUACUGACAAUAAUACCUACCUGAAGGGCAACUGGGAGGGUUACAUGACGUCAGACAUGGGAAAUGCCCGAGGAGUACCAGGCGCUCAAUAAAUGUUAGUUUUCCUUCCUUGGAUUGGGGGGAAGGAGGGCCAAGGGCGCAGGGAUUGGCUCCGGGGAUCCUGGAAGGGUCUCGGGGGUUGGGGUCGGGGCCAGGCAGGCUCUCACAAUGGGCUAGAACCCUCCCUCCCUCUGGGUUCUCAUCCACUUUGACUCCUCUCCCUGUCCCAGGGAGGGGAGGAAGGGCCUAGGAUGAGUCACUGGGGGGAUCUUUCCUCCUGGAUUCUCCAUUUCUUUCUUCACCGCUGCGCUAGAGGCUCCCCAGAGACCCCUGAGGUGGCGGCCACUGGCCUGCAGCCUGUCCUCCUCCCCACUGAACUAAAUGCUGGUUCUGCCCCCUACUUGGGGCUUGUGUAUCAGGAGAAAUGGCUGUGGUCAUGAGGUUCUUCCGAUGGAUUUGGCGCAAGAUUAGUCGCUGGGUUUUCUUCUGGAAACACAAAGCUAAGUCAACCAUCGUAGGACGCACUGACUCCAAGAAAAAUGAGUUGAAGGUGGAGAAGACUUCCAAGGUGUCUGAGACUUUCAAGUUGGUUGAGUCCCCCAAGGAGGCUAAGGUCUCCAAGAUGGAUGUGUCCUCCAAGGUGGCUGGCCCCUGCGUGUUGGCCAAGACCACCGCGGACAGGGCUGCGGUGGAGGCGGGCCAUGGGCAGAGAUCGCUGUUGCAGCUGCCCCGGACUGCCGUCAAAUCUGUCUCCACGCUCAUGGUCUCCGUCCUGCAGUCUGGCUGGCAGAUGUGCAGCUGGAAGUCAUCUGUGAGUUCUACCUCAGUCACCUCCCAAAUGAAGACCGGGUCCCCUUUGGAGUCGAGAGGGACUGAGAUACUGCAGGAAGUGUACCUGGUGCUGUGGGCCAUUCGGAAACAACUGCGGCAGCUGGCCCGCAGGCAGGAGAGGCGGCGACGGCGCCACGUCCGGGCCCACACCUGUCCCCAGCCUGACCCAGUUCAGGGCUUGAAACAGGAUUCCCCGAGUCCCCUCUAGGGGGGAACCCCACAUCCUCAGAAAGCCCCCACCUCACUCUUAGGUAAGGUUGAUAGGAGAGGUUAGGGCAGCAGGCCAGGAGUUGUGGGUGAGGAGAAGUUUUCAUACCGUCACCUCUCAUCGGGACCCCAAGGCCUGGCCUGGGGUCCCACGUACUCCCCUUCAUUCCUUUUAUUCAAUUUGUAAAAAAUUAUCAAAAUGUUGGGAAAUAAAUAUCAGAUAUUUCUGAGUA